AAAAAAUAGCGACCCCAUGCGACUUGAAAUUCGUGCUUGUAGGAAAGUGCCAAGUGAGUAAAGAAAAUAACCUCCAGGUAUGGCGCUACCAAAUGUUCUUGAAACACCUCCAUCGGGAUUUAAUUUUGAGAAUGUUUUUAGAAAUGUAGCUCUGGAGGGUCUGCUUGAGGGAGGACGUACUAAGGCACCUAAACCUAUGAAGACAGGGACCACCAUAGCUGGAGUAGUGUGCAAGGAUGGUGUUGUUCUAGGAGCAGACACACGGGCCACCUCCAGUGAAGUGGUGGCUGAUAAGAUGUGUGCCAAGAUCCACUACAUCGCCCCCAAUAUCUACUGUUGUGGGGCAGGAACUGCUGCGGACACAGAGAAGACCACCGACCUGCUCUCCUCCAACCUCACCAUCUUCUCAAUGGACAGCGGCCGGAACCCACGUGUGGUAAUGGCAGCAAACAUACUACAGGACAUGUUAUUCAGGUACCGGGGCCAGAUUGGGGCCCAUCUAAUCCUAGGAGGGGUGGACUGUACUGGCAGUCAUCUCUACACAGUGGGGCCCUAUGGAGACAUAGACAAAGUGACAUACCUCGCAAUGGGCUCUGGAGACUUGGCUGCUCUGGGGAUUCUGGAGGAUAGAUUUAAACCUAAUAUGGAGCUGGAAGAGGCAAAGGAGUUGGUCCGGGAUGCCAUCCACUCUGGCAUCAUGAGUGACCUGGGCUCAGGCAACAACAUAGACAUUUGUGUCAUCACCAAACAGGGGGUGGACUACCUCAGGCCCUACCAGGAGUCAGAGUUUAAAGACAAGAGGCAGAUGAGAUACAAGUAUCAUCCUGGUACAACACCUAUUUUGACAGAGAAAAUAGUUCCCCUGCAGAUGGAGGUAGUUCAGGAGACAGUCCAGCGGAUGGAUACUGCCUGAACCGGACCACUCAGCAAAGAUUCAGACACACAGAGGCAUAUAACAAUAUUCAGACAUACAACACACCUAAUGCUAACAGCCAGUGGCAUCGUUAGGCCUGGGCAUCCAGGGCUAUAGCCCCGGUUCUUUUAUGAAUUGCCCUGGAUCUCAAGUUGACCCAAAAAAUAAUAAUAGCCCCUAUUCAUCUACAAUUCCGAUCGCACGUUAUGAAAAUGUAGAGGUGUAUGGCACCAGGGUGUACAUCAAAAUAUUCUGCAUGUACAUUCAAAACCCUGUACUUUAUGUCCCGGGUGGGGCGGGGGUGUGGGCUAAGCCCCGAAUGUAUUGUGAUCCUAAAGAUGCUUCUGGUAACAGCACUUCACUACUCCUAGAUGACUCAAGAAUGCAAAGCCAUAAAAAACAUGUUAGAUAAAUUAACUCUAGCCUAGUUUAUUAGCUGUCUGUAUAUGCAACAAAAUAUUGGAAAGAAUGUUUUAGAAUAAAAACUCACAUUUAUUUUUCAUGAA